AUGUCCGACGGCGGCGCCGCCACCGUCGCCCACCUCCAGUGCUGCGCCACCCUCCGAGACCUCCACCAAGUUCACACCCAGAUGACAAAAACCCAGCAUGACCGCUCCUCGUUCCUCGCCGGCAAGCUCGUCGCUUUCUGCUCCCAUCGCAACCUCAUGGACUACGCCCUCUCCGUCUUCGCCCACACCUCGUCCCCAGGCCUUUUCGCUCGCAACUCCAUCAUCCAUGGCUAUCACCAGGCCUCCUCCCCCCACCUCGCCCUCCUCUUCUUCGCCUCCCGCCCCACUUUACCCCCCAACUCCGAUACCUUCCCCCUUCUUUUCAAAGCCUGCGCCCAACUCCAUGACCUCCUUCUCGGGAAAGCGCUCCAUGGACACCUUGUAAAGCUCGGAUUCCACUCCGACCUCCACGUUCAAACCGCCCUUCUCUCCCUCUACCGCUUUACGCCUCCUGCGGCGAAGUCAUAUCUGCGCGCAAGCUGUUCUCUGUUAAUCCCCACAGAGACUCCAUCCCUUGCUGGAACGCCAUAA